CUCUCCUCCUACUCAGCUGGCUCCUGUGGAAAAGCAACAGUGUCCUUCCUAGCCAGCCGGAGGCCGCCGCGGCCCAGACGGGCAAAGGGACCGGUGUCCCCCCUCCUAACUCCCCACAAGGAGCUGUGCAACCCCGGGACCAUGGAUACUCUAAACAGGAGCCAGCGAGGCCCUGCGUGCAAGCCCCAGGCUGUGGUACAGAAAGGUCCACUGGACCUGAUUGAGACAGGUAAAGGACUGAAAGUGCAGACGGACAAACCGCAUCUGGUGAGCCUGGGCAGCGGGAGGCUCAGCACCGCUAUCACGCUCCUGCCGCUGGAGGAAGGGAGGACAGUUAUUGGUUCGGCAGCCAGGGAUAUCUCACUCCAGGGUCCAGGCCUGGCUCCAGAACACUGCUACAUCGAGAAUCUGAGGGGCACUCUCACCCUGUACCCCUGUGGCAAUGCCUGCACAAUUGAUGGGCUCCCUGUUCGGCAGCCUACCCGGCUCACCCAGGGCUGCAUGUUGUGUCUGGGCCAGUCCACCUUCCUGCGCUUUAACCACCCCGCUGAAGCCAAGUGGAUGAAGAGUAUGAUUCCAGCAGGGGCCCGGGCCCCAGGGCCCUCCUACAACCCUGGCUCUGCCGAAUCAGAGAGCCUGGUGAAUGGGAACCACACGGGCCAGCCUGCAACCCGGGCACCUCCAGCCUGUGCCAGCCACAGUUCCCUGGUGAGCUCUAUCGAGAAGGACCUGCAGGAAAUCAUGGACUCGUUGGUGCUAGAGGAGCCUGGAGCUGCCGGCAAGAAGCCCGCGGCCACAUCCCCGCUGUCACCAAUGGCUAAUGGUGGCCGCUACCUGUUGUCCCCUCCAACCAGCCCCGGUGCCAUGUCUGUGGGCUCCAGCUAUGAGAACACCUCUCCAGCCUUCUCUCCUCUUUCCUCACCAGCCAGCAGCGGAAGCUGUGCCAGCCACUCACCCAGCGGGCAAGAGCCAGGACCGUCUGUGCCUCCACUGGUGCCUGUCCGUUCCUCUAGCUACCAUUUGGCUCUGCAACCCCCACAGUCUCGUCCAAGUGCAACCCGUCCCUCUGAAAGUCCUCGGCUGGGCAGAAAAGGGGGUCAUGAGAGACCUCCCAGUCCUGGGCUCCGGGGUCUUCUGACUGACAGUCCUGCAGCCACAGUCUUGGCUGAGGCCCGCAGAACCACCGAGAGCCCCCGACUGGGUGGGCAGUUACCUGUGGUGGCUAUCAGCCUGAGUGAAUACCCAUCUUCUGGUGCCCGCAGCCAACCCACAAGUAUUCCUGGCAGCCCCAAGUUCCAGUCUCCAGUCCCUGCUCCCCGAAAUAAGAUUAGCACACUCCAGGAGCGCCCUCCCAGUCCAGGAACAGGCACAGAACGGGUGUUAACGACCAGCCCCUCUCGACAACUGGUGGGCCGAACAUUUUCAGAUGGGUCCGCAACCCGUACCCUCCAGCCUCCUGAGAGUCCUCGCCUGGGCCGACGAGGCCUGGACAGUAUGCGAGAACUGCCCCCCUUGAGUCCAUCUCUGUCCAGAAGGGCUCUGUCUCCACUGCCAGCCAGGACUACCCCAGAUCCCAAGCUAAGCAGGGAAGUGACUGAGAGUCCUCGGCCCAGGCGCUGGGCAGCUCAUGGGACUUCACCAGAGGACUUCUCCCUGACUCUGGGAGCACGGGGCCGCAGGACUCGGAGUCCCUCACCUACACUUGGGGAGUCCCUGGCACCUCGCAAAGGCAGCUUCAGUGGCAGGCUGAGCCCAGCCUAUAGUCUGGGCUCCCUUACUGGGGCUUCACCUCGUCAGAGCCCCCGCGCUCAGAGGAAACUUUCUAGUGGGGAUUUGCGGGUGCCUAUUGCAAGGGAGAGGAAAAAUAGCAUCACGGAGAUCAGUGACAAUGAGGACGAUCUUUUGGAGUACCACCGACGACAGCGCCAAGAGCGGCUCCGGGAACAGGAGAUGGAGAGGCUGGAACGCCAGCGCCUGGAGACCAUCUUGAACCUGUGUGCUGAGUACAGCCGAGCUGACGGGGGACCCGAGGCUGGGGAAUUGCCCAGUAUUGGAGAGGCCACUGCAGCCCUGGCAUUGGCAGGGAGGAGGCCCUCAAGAGCCUUGACAGGAGCCACAGUGGUCUCUGGAAGGAGCGGUGAGGAGUCUGGAGGUGCCUCCCAGCGCCUGUGGGAGAGCAUGGAACGCUCUGACGAAGAAAACCUCAAAGAAGAGUGCAGCAGCACGGAGAGCACCCAGCAGGAGCAUGAAGAUGCUCCUAGCACGAAGCUCCAGGGAGAGGUGCUGGCUGUGGAAGAGGAGCGGGCUCAGGUGCUGGGGCGCGUGGAACAGCUGAAGGUCCGAGUAAAGGAGCUGGAGCAGCAGCUGCAGGAGGCAGCCCGAGAGGCUGAGAUGGAGAGAGCAUUGCUGCAGGGGGAGAGGGAGGCAGAGCGAACACUGCUGCAGAAAGAACAAAGGGCAGUGGACCAGCUGCAGGAGAAGUUGGUGGCCUUGGAGACCGGCAUCCAGAAGGAGAGGGACAAGGAGAGGGCGGAGCUGGCCGCGGGACGGAGGCACCUGGAGGCCCGCCAGGCGCUCUACGCCGAGCUCCAGACGCAGCUCGAUAACUGCCCCGAGUCAGUGCGGGAACAGUUACAGGAGCAGCUGAGAAGGGAGGCAGACGCUCUGGAGACUGAGACAAAGCUCUUUGAGGACCUGGAGUUCCAGCAACUGGAGCGGGAGAGCCGCGUGGAGGAGGAGCGGGAACUGGCAGGCCAGGGGCUGAUACGGAGCAAGGCUGAGCUGCUGCGCAGCGUGACCAAGAGGAAGGAGCGCCUUGCUGUACUGGACAGUCAGGCUGGGCAGAUCCGGGCCCAAGCACUGCAGGAGUCAGAGCGUCUGGCCCGGGACAAGAAUGCCGCCCUGCAGCUACUGCAAAAGGAGAAGGAGAAACUGACCGUGCUCGAGAGGCGAUACUAUGCACUCACAGGCGGGAGGCCUUUUCCGAAGACCACCUCGACCCUCAAAGAGGCUCAGCUGUCCAUCUCCGUGUCCUCAGAGAUGGGGCUGGAGAACAAGGCUCUGGGCCCAUCCCUAAGGUCUUCUCAGGCUGGGGCGUCCUCUGUUCCCUUAACCCCUCCUGCUUCCUCUCAGCUCUGUCCAAAAACACAAGAGGAGUAUGUGAGCCUGGCUGAGGUUCUCCAGUUCUGCUUUCGCUUGGACCCCUAUGCUUCUGCUGCCUGCCCUGCCAGACUCCCCCAGUCCCUGCCUGACAGCGAGUACGUGACGCUUGAGCAGCUAAAAGUGAUGUGGGGCACCUCACCCAUGCCCCCAGCCCCUUCGCCAGGCCUGCCUUCCUGGGCUUCUACCUCCCGGCACCUGGUUCCCAUCACCCGUCUUCCUCCCAUGCUGCCCUCUUCUUCCUUCGCUUCCAUCACGCCUUCAUCUAAGAUGGAGAAGCUGCUGCUCCCUGCUGUAGACUUAGAGCAGUGGUACCAAGAGCUGAUGGCCGGGCUGGGGACUGGCCUCGCUGCAGCCUCCCCUCGCUCCUCUCCCCCGCCUCUGCCUGCCAAAGCCUCUCGUCAGCUGCAGGUUUACCGCUCCAAGAUGGAUGGCGAGGCCACCAGCCCUCUGCCGCGGACACGUAGUGGCCCUCUCCCCUCCUCCUCAGGCUCUUCAUCCUCUUCCUCACAGCUCAGCGUGGCUACCUUGGGCCGUAGUCCAUCACCAAAGAGUGCCCUGCUUGCCCAGAAUGGCACCAGCAGUCUUCCUCGCAACCUGGCAGCCACGCUGCAGGAUAUCGAGACUAAGCGCCAACUGGCCCUACAGCAGAAGGUCGAGUCACUUCCUGCCGAGCCCCUCCCACCCGACGACCCAGCAGGGCACCAGGUGAUUGAGGAGCAGCGGCGGCGACUGGCUGAGCUGAAGCAGAAAGCAGCCGCUGAGGCACAGUGCCAGUGGGAUGCCCUGCACGGUGCGGCGCCCUUUGCAGCAGGCCCCUCGGGCUUCCCAGCACUCAUGCACCAUUCUAUCCUGCACCACCUGCCAGCUGGCAGGGAGCGUGGCGAGGAGGGUGAACAUGCUUAUGACACACUGAGCCUGGAGAGCUCAGACAGCAUGGAGACCAGCAUCUCUACAGGGGGCAACUCAGCCUGCUCCCCUGACAACAUGUCCAGUGCCAGUGGUUUAGACAUGGGCAAGAUCGAGGAGAUGGAGAAGAUGCUAAAGGAAGCUCAUGCAGAGAAGAGCCGGCUCAUGGAGUCCAGGGUGAGGCUGACUGGAGCCAGGAGGCAGCAGGUGGAGCGGGAGAUGGAACUACGGAGGCAGGCCCUGGAGGAGGAAAGGCGGAGGCGGGAGCAAGCCGAAAGGAGGCUGCAGACUGAGAGCGCCCGCAGGCAGCAGCUGGUGGAGAAGGAAGUAAAGCUGCGGGAGAAACAGUUUUCCCAGGCACGGCCUCUCACACGCUAUCUGCCCAACCGGAAGGAGGACUUUGACUUGAAGACGCACAUAGAGUCAUCAGGCCAUGGGGUGGACACCUGCCUACAUGUGGUGCUUAGCAGCAAGGUCUGUCGUGGCUACUUGAUCAAGAUGGGCGGCAAGAUUAAAUCAUGGAAGAAGCGCUGGUUUGUCUUUGAUCGGCUCAAGCGCACCCUUUCCUAUUAUGUGGACAAGCACGAAACGAAGCUGAAGGGGGUCAUUUACUUCCAGGCCAUCGAGGAGGUGUACUAUGACCACCUGCGCAGUGCAGCCAAGAAAAGGUUCUUCCACUUCACCAUGGUGACUGAGAGUCCGAACCCAGCCCUCACCUUCUGCGUGAAGACCCAUGACCGGCUGUACUACAUGGUGGCCCCAUCUGCAGAGGCCAUGCGCAUCUGGAUGGAUGUCAUCGUCACAGGAGCUGAGGGCUACACCCAGUUCAUGAACUAACUACCGUGCACUCCUGGGUUCCCAGGUCAGCCCCAGGACCCAUGCCCUGCCACUUGCUGCUUGGCUUGUCCCUGAAGACAACAGCACACUGGGCACCGGGCCACACAGGGUCAGGAUGUGGCAGAGAACCCCAGGCCUUUUGUGCAAGAAGACAAAUUGUUCUGUGAGGGAUUUAGUGCUUGAGGGCUGGGCCUGGGUCCCUAAAAGGCCAGCAGAGAAGAGAGGGAGAGGCUUUGUUGCCUCUUGGGAGCCCAGAAGUUAGGGGGUCCUUCUUGGGUCUGGCAGGCCUAGAGAGCUGUCGCAGAGCUGGGCUCUCAACUCUAACCUGGCACCUGCUCACCUCAGCUUGUUUUCUCUGUAUAAAGGACAAAUUAUGGUACCAGAAUCUGCCAAAGAUUCCCUUCUCAUCUCACCCCGUGCAGGGGCCUGGGGGGUACUGGGCAGAGCCGUGUGUAGAGUUGGGGAACAGCUCAGGCCAGUGCUUCCCAACCCCAUGCCACCCCUCAUCCUCCCACCUCCGUACUUCUCACUACUCUGCUCAAGGACCAGAGACCUCAGGUGUCAUCCUUGAGGUCCAACCCCAUCACCAUGGUCUCCAUGGUGACUGCUUCAUCACCACGGUUAUACACUAAUUGCCAUGGCCACUCUGUGGCUCAGCCCACUGCUUCAGCUGUGGGCCACAUGAAGGUACGUGCCAUCAUCUCUCCAACCCAGGCCUGGGGGGUGUGUCACCUGGCAGGAGGAAAUGCCACCUCCCUGCUGCAGUAUGUCUCCAGCCCCCAGUCCAGCCUCUCCCUUCCGCUGUGCCUUGCUUAGAGCCAGAAGGGACGGUGUUCGGGGAUCCGAGACCAAGGGAACAGCAGCACUGAGGGGAGAGGAAGCUAAGAUUCUGUCCUCCUGUUCUGACAGGACCAGUUCCCAAUAAGGAAGGAGGGUAGCUCAGGGUGCCCAGAAAGAGUCCUGAGCUGUGGGUGUGGAGGGCAGAAGCAAGGCCCUGAGCUGUGGUACCCUCCCUUCAGUUUCCCAGGGGCCAUGGGAAAAGAGUGGGGGAUCAAGUCUCCAGCUGGCUGGCUUCAGCCUUUACGCCUUAACACUAAGCCACCUCCCUCCCCUUCCCAGCACCGGACCCUUGGUCUCUGGGCCUGGCUGGGUGUUUUGCAGUAUUUGUAAACGUUUCAGCAGAACAAUAAUAAAAGCAUUUUGACAAGUA